AGUUGUCGAUCAAAACAAUUUUUUUUAAUUUACUAGUUUAUACAAAGCACUUUUGAAAAUGUUGGAGCCAACGGAUAAAAAAGUUGAUGAUGUCAUCUGGCAAAUGAGCACCGACAUCGUCACGAAAUCAGGAAAUACCGAUUGGAAAAAUCGUCGGGCUGUACCUUUGGUUGAGCUGAAGCAAACAGCGAAUCAGGGAAGUGGAGCUUCUUACUUCACACUCUACGAUGAAGGCCACACCAGGAUUAUGGCUUCCAUGGUACCGGAUGAAAUUAUCUAUAACAUAAGGGACUACUCUAAGAGGGAAUUCGAUGGGUGCCUGCUUUUUGGAGAUGUCUCAGGCUUUACUGACUUGUGCGAGAAGUACAAUAAGUCAGGAAAAGGUGGUCCUUCUCGCCUCACCCAGGUGCUUAAUAAUUACAUCGGCGCUAUGGUUCAGGAGAUUCUGUCGCACGGAGGCGACGUCCUGAAGUUCUCAGGAGACGCGUUCAUCGCUCUGUGGAAGGUGUCGGAUCAGUUGAGUAUGCGGGAUGCUGUUCACGAAGCCAUUGACUGUUCUUUGGUUAUACAAAAAUCUUACGGAAGUUAUCGAACUGACGUGGAUGUCGUGGUUAGAGUUAAAUUGGCCGUAGCUUCUGGUCACUUGGUAUUUUCCUUGGUGGGCGACGAAGAGAAUUCUCAUUACUUGAUGACUGGUGAUCCAAUAUAUGCCAUAAAAGCUGCUGAACACAAAAGUUCCGCAGGAGAAAUAGUGAUAACUGCUAGAGUUUCACGGCACAUUAGUGCCAAUGAAUAUCUAUUGAGUGUGCUUCCAGAUGGUUUACACGCCAAGGUACUAGGAGUAGGUCCCAAUUGGAGAAAUAUACAACGGAAGACAAACAAAGGUGAUUCAGGAUAUGCACUCAGACCUUGGUUAUUAACUCCACUACAAAAUCCCCAAGGAAAUAUUGAGGAAAUGUACAACAUGAAACAUAAAUCAACUAGAGCAACAAUAGAAUGUUGCAAUGGUUUGCUAAAAAUGAGAUUCCGUUGUUCGUUGUUUGCUAAAACAUAG